AUGGAUGCGCCAGUCGUCUUCAAGAAGCGCUCGGGCAAGGCCAACCCGCGCAAAGUCGCACCGCCGCCACGCUCGCCUUCCGCAACGUCAGAUUCAGACUCAGGCUCCGAUCGCGAGGGCGGCCGCAGCGUCAAGCGCCGUAAGACGGGCGCCGUCGUCAACGCUUCCUCGGCCACCCAGAAGUCCAAGUUCGAAGUCGAGGGUGCCACAAAGUACGCUGCAGAUACCUCUACCUCCAUCGCCGAUUCCAGCGACGCAACCAAGCAAUCCAAUUGGUAUGAUGAGAACGCAGGUGACGCUCUGAGUGCCAAAAAUCUGCUAGGUAAAACCCGUGCGAGGACGGAUGAGGAAUCAGCCACCGAUGGUACCUACAAAGGCCAGAAGAAUUACUCCAAUUUCAUCCAAAAGAAUCCAGACGCGCCCAAGGUCGGCCCGGUCAAGCCUACUAACACAAACGUACGCAUGGUCACUCAGAUUGAUUAUGCCCCAGAUGUGUGCAAGGAUUACAAGCAGACUGGCUUCUGCGGUUUCGGCGAUUCCUGCAAGUUCCUGCAUGCGCGCGAGGACUACGCCGCGGGCUGGAAGCUGGAUCGGGAGUGGGAAAUAAACACAAAGGGCAAGAAAACGUCGGGCACGGUCAUGGCCUCUGCCAAUCGGGACGCCAAGGCUGAAGACGAGGAGAACGAAGAAGAAGCCAAGAUGCUGGAGAAGAUCCCAUUCGCCUGCAUCCUCUGCAAGAAGCCUUACACGCAGCCGGUCGUCACAAAUUGCGGCCACUACUUCUGCGAGAAAUGUGCACUGCAGCGAUUCAGGAAGAACCCCAAUUGCGCAGCUUGCGGCGCAGGUACGGGAGGGCGAUUCAAUGAAGCCAAAAAUCUCAGGAAGCUGUUGGACAGGAAGCGGGAUAGAGAGAAUAAGAAGAAGGAGAAGCUCAGAGAAGAAGGGCAGGAAGUUAGCGAUGAUGAGGCCAAGGAUUGA